AAUACGUCACCAAGUCGUUUUCUUUUGGAGGAAAUAGUAACUACCAUGUUGUUUAGAAGGCUACAGUAGGACUUCAGUAGCUUGCUGUUUUUAUUUUGGGUGCUGAGUGCGUUUGGAAGGAGUAAUGGGACGAGAAUCCAGACAUUAUAGAAAACGUUCUUCUUCACGAGGACGUUCAGGAAGCCGAUCAAAAAGUCGUUCUCCUGAUAAGAGACUGAAAAGAUUAGAUGAGAGACGCUCAAGAAGUAGAGAGAGGGAUAGAAGGAGAGAGAGAUCACGCAGCAGAGAUCGGAGAAGAUCUCGAUCAAGAGAUAGAAAGAGAUUAAGACUUGGUACUCUUGUAUCUCUUGGAAGACGUUCCAGAAGUCCAGAAAGAAAUAGAGACAGGGACAGAAGGCGUUCUCGUAGUCGUGAAAGAAGGCGAUCUCGAAGUAGAAGUCGAAGAUCUCGAUCAGUCAGCCCAAGCAAGGUUAAGAAAAUCGAAAGUUCUUGCCCAGUGACAUGGCUGGAAACCACAAGUAUUCAUCAGAAGAGGAAGAAGUUGAUCUGCAGACAGCAUUGACUGGGUAUCAGACAAAGCAGAGAAAGUUACUGGAACCUGUUGACCAUGGCAAAAUAGAAUAUGAACCCUUCCGAAAGAACUUCUAUGUAGAAGUGCCAGAACUAGCUCGAAUGACCACAGAAGAGGUUAACGCAUACAGGUUAGAACUGGAAGGAAUCACUGUGAAAGGCAAAGGCUGUCCGAAACCAAUCAAAAACUGGGUACAAUGUGGGAUUGCUAUUAAAAUUUUAAAUGCUUUGAAAAAGCAUGGGUAUGAGAAACCCACUCCAAUCCAAGCGCAGGCUAUACCUGCUAUCAUGAGUGGACGAGACUUAAUUGGUAUUGCCAAAACUGGAAGCGGAAAAACUAUUGCAUUUUUAUUACCAAUGUACAGACAUAUCAUGGACCAAAGAGCACUCGAAGAAUCAGAAGGUCCUUUAGCUGUUAUUCUUACCCCGACUAGAGAAUUGGCCCUGCAGAUUACAAAGGAAUGCAAGAAGUUUUCUAAAGUUCUUGGUCUUCGAGUUGUUUGUGUAUAUGGAGGAACUGGAAUUAGUGAACAGGUCGUGUAACAAACUUACGCCGAGUGACAUAUGUUGUACUUGAUGAGGCUGACAGGAUGUUUGAUAUGGGCUUUGAACCCCAGGUUAUGCGUAUAAUAGACAAUAUCAGACCAGAUCGUCAAACUGUGAUGUUUUCUGCUACCUUUCCAAGAGCUAUGGAAGCACUUGCCCGUCGAAUACUGACUAAACCUGUGGAAGUACAGGUUGGAGGUAGAAGUGUUGUGUGCUCUGAUGUGGAGCAGCAUGUGAUUGUAAUAGAAGAAGAAAACAAAUUUUUGAAGCUGCUUGAACUUUUGGGUCAUUACCAAGAAAAAGGAACUGUUAUCAUAUUUGUUGAUAAGCAAGAGCACGCUGAUAGUUUGUUGAAGAACUUAAUGAGGGCAUCUUAUCCCUGCUUGUCCUUGCAUGGAGGCAUUGACCAGUAUGACAGAGACAGUGUUAUUAAUGACUUUAAGACUGGAGUGUGUCGUCUUCUGGUGGCUACAUCUGUGGCAGCACGUGGUCUGGAUGUGAAGGAUCUCAUCCUGGUGAUUAAUUACAGUUGUCCUAACCAUUAUGAAGAUUAUGUCCACAGAGCAGGAAGAACAGGUCGAGCUGGCAACAAAGGUUAUGCUUAUACUUUCAUCACUGAAGAACAAGCAAGGUAUGCAGGAGAUAUCAUUAAAGCUCUGGAACUUGCAGGGACUGCAGUACCUCCUGAGCUUGAAAAACUGUGGAAUGACUUCAAGGAGCAGCAAAAAGCUGAGGGUAAAACAAUCAAGAAAAGUAGUGGAUUCUCUGGCAAAGGCUUUAAGUUUGAUGAAACAGAACAAGCUUUGGCAAAUGAAAGGAAGAAACUACAGAAAGCUGCACUUGGUUUACAGGAUUCUGAUGAUGAAGAUGCCGCUGAUGAUGUAGGCGUUACUAUUGAUGAACAAAUAGAAAGCAUGUUUAAUUCAAAGAAACGAGUAAAGGACAUGGCAGCACCAGGCUCUACACAUACUCCAAUACCAUCUGGUGGCAAUGCAGAGAAACUUGAGCUUGCUAGGAAGCUUGCUUGGGCAAUUAAUGCCCAGAAGAAUCUUGGAGCUGAAGCACAGGAUGUGAUGCAGCAAGCAACUAAUGCUAUUUUGAGGGGAGGCACAAUUCAAGCCCCCACUGUGUCUGCAAAAACAAUUGCAGAACAAUUAGCUGAGAAGAUCAACGCCAAACUUAAUUAUGUGCCUGUAGACAAACAGGAUGAAGACAAGCAAGAUGGUGGACAGAAUGAAUCCUUUAAGAGAUAUGAAGAAGAACUUGAAAUCAAUGAUUUCCCACAGACUGCAAGAUGGAAGGUCACAUCUAAGGAGGCAUUACAGAGAAUCAGCGAGUAUUCUGAAGCUGCUAUUACUAUCAGAGGAACAUACUUUCCUCCAGGAAAAGAUCCUAAAGAAGGAGAGCGCAAAAUCUAUUUGGCAAUUGAGAGUGCCAAUGAGCUGUCUGUACAAAAAGCCAAGGCUGAGAUCACCAGGCUUAUAAAGGAAGAACUUAUUAGACUGCAAAAUUCAUACCAACCAGCAAACAAAGGACGAUACAAGGUUUUGUAGAGUAUGUGAAAUCUCAGCAUUAUUCCUGCAGAGGAACUGCUUGUGGAUAAUUACACUUGUCUUUUAGUUUGCUAAUUGGUUGAUUGUAAAUGAGUCUGAAAGCUAAUAUUAAUUUGUAUUUUUAUUAAAAAAUCUUAAAAUUUUAUUGGUUGUUAAAAUUUGUAUUUUACAAUGUCUGUAAACUCUGAAAAAAGUCAUUCUUAGUAGCACAUUUUAUAUAUCUAAGAACAUUUUUUUGUUUUGUCAAUACUGGUAACACUUAAGAAUAAAUUGGAUUUUAGUAAAA